AUGAUCAAGUCGAUGAGAUCGAAUCUAAAUAAGAAGAAGAAGCCUUCGGAAAAUUUGCGUAUGAACGAAGUGAACGGAAGCAGCCAAGCAAACCAACAUCAGCUAUAAAGAAGUCAGGAAAUAGUAGUGAAGCAAGAAAAGAUAAAGGAAAGAAGACAGGAAAAGGAUGUCGAGAACAAGGAAGUGAUGUUUUGAGUAAGAAGGAUGAAAAGAAGAAUGGAUCAAAGGAGCAAUGGUCGUGCGAUGGAACAGCCAAGAAGAUGGUCGCCAAUGGAUUCUUCAACAAUUCAAAUAUCAACGGAGCAUUCAAAGACGCGCCAACAUCGAAGCCGAAUAUUGAAUCGUGUCCUUGUUUCAAGAACAACAUGCAGAAAGUUCGAGCUCCCGACUGUCCAGUUGAAGAUCACAAGCUUAUCAAAUUGACCAAUGGACCAGACAAUUUUAUUUGUGCUGCAAAAAUCGUCGUUCCGGAUUUCAAUAGGACUGUUAUAUUGACUCAAGUGCCGGAUCUAUCAAAUACUCAAAAUGUUGAGGAUUUUUGGAGGAUGGUAUUUCAGGAGAAUAUAAUAUCUGUUAUUGUUGCUGUAAUGCCACUUGAAGUCACUCUUCAACAAAUAUUCCCACUUCUGGUAGGAACUUAUUCAAAUCAUGGCAAAAUGUUCAUAAAUAAGAAGGUAGAAUCAGCCGUUGGAGUUACUGAAUAUAGCUUGGAAAUUCUGCCGGAUGGAUGCUCAAAUUCAUUGUUCACUACAGUAUAUCAUUUGCAAAAUUGGAAGCAGAAGAAAGGAUUGGAUAAUGUUGGAGGUUUAGUGGCAACUAUUGAGAAAGUGAUGAAGGUUAAUGAGAAUAUGCUGCUUAUGAGCAUGAAUGGUACCGGUCGAGCCGGAACAAUGCUGACGCUCUUCACUGCAAUGAUCCAAGUUCAGAAAGGAAAAUAAGUAAAUACGAAGGAGACAUUGUCGUGUUUGAGAGCUGAAAGAUGUGGAAUCGUGGAGAAUGCGGAUCAAUUUUGUACUGUGCACAAGGCAAUGGCAUUGUGGUUCAAGACCAAGUCGGCAAAUGAAGAGAUCCAGAAGAAAGUUAAUGAAUUUGCUCCAGGUGUUCAAUAG